AUGACGAAGAAAAAGAUCAGACAACUCGAGCAGAAGCGAACAAACAUUCUCGCCUCACUGGAUCGAUGCGAGGAUUACUCAGAACGCUGCAACAGUGAAGAAGACCGGCAUGAAAUCAACCUUCGCCUCAAUAGCAUGGACAAACUUUGGAGUACGUUUGAGGAAGUGCAAACAGAUAUCGAAUGCCACGAGGAAUCGCUCGUUUCGGAAUCACAACACAUGUCCACGCGCGAGAAAUUUGAAACAAAGUUUUUUCGUGUGAAGGGAGCUUUAUUGUCGAAAAUACCAGAUGCGCCAUCACAGCAACUUCCUGCCGACCGUGUUCAGCAAUCGAACUCAUCGUAUGCUCCUGAAGUCAAGCUUCCAACCAUCACCCUACCGGAAUUCGACGGAGAUUAUAAUCAAUGGUUGACGUUUCACGACACCUUUAUGGCUUUGAUCCAUUCAUCGAAUGAAAUUUCAACCGUACAGAAGUUUCAUUAUCUCCGGGCAGCACUUAGAGGCGAAGCCGCCCAACUCAUCGAGUCCCUUACAAUUAGUUGCAUGAACUAUCCAGUGGCUUGGAAAAUUUUGGUUGACCGUUACUCAAACAGCUACCUUCUCAAGAAACGGCACAUGCAUACCAUGUUGGAUCAUCCGAAAAUCAAGCGAGAAUCAGCUAGCGCCCUACAUGGAUUGAUCGACACAUUCGAACGACAUAGCAAAAUUUUAAAACAGCUACAAGAGCCUGUGGAUAGUUGGAGCACGAUUAUGGUGCAUUUGCUUUGUUCACGUCUAGAUGACGCCACAUUAAAAUUAUGGGAAGAUCAUGCAUCGACUCUUUUGGAUCCAAAUUAUGGUGCGCUUAUCGAGUUUUUGCAACGAAGGACACGGGUACUCGAAUCGCUUCAGGUCAACAUUGCACACUCAUCGCAAACACCAAUACCGGCGCAACCAUUCAAGCGACUUGGCCCAGCAAAGGUGUAUGCACAUGCAGCUGCGGAAGAACGCGUAUUUAAAUGUGUAGCUUGCUCGCAUAAUCAUCGGUUAGUUGAAUGUCAGGAUUUUCCCAAGAUGUCACACGAGAAGCAGUUGGAUCUGGUAAACUCAAAUCGCUUGUGCAGCAACUGCUUUAGGUCCGACCAUUUUGUGAAGAACUGCCCAUCAAAAUUCCGAUGUCGUACCUGCAAAGGAAAGCAUCAUACAAUUAUCCAUCCAGGUUUUCCUAGCUCGAAGGAUACAACGAAAGCAGUCACGUUAGCUGCAUCGGCAUCACGGGAAGCUGAGCUCGAUCGGAAAGCCGCCGGCCAGAACGCAUCGACCUCAACACUUGUAAAUACUGCAGCGAUUGGAUUGAACACCUUUUUGAUGAUGGCGGUUGUAAAGGUGGUUGAUCGACACGGUAAUGAACUGUUGGCGCGAGCCAUGCUGGAUUGUGGUUCAAUGUCGAACAUUAUGACAGAAAGGCUCUCUCAGAUGCUGCGUUUGAAGGGACGGAAAAUGGAUAUCAAUGUGCAUGGUGUUGGCACGGGUGUUAUAAAAUGCAACCAAAUGGUUACAACAGAGGUACGAUCCAGACUCUCGGACUAUGCGGUGACAAUGGAAUUCUUAGUGCUCAACAAGGUGACAUCGAAACAACCGCUCAACAACAUCGAUUCGAAUGCUUGGAACAUCCCGGAUAACGUGUCAUUGGCGGACCCGAAAUUUAACGUGUGUGGGGAGGUGGAUAUUAUACUCGGAAUACAGCACUUCUUUUCCUUCUUUCGGCCAAACCGACAGAUUAAUUUGGGACAUAAUUUGCCACUAGUGGUGGAAACUGUUUUUGGAUGGGUUAUUGCUGGAGCCUCUUCCUUUCAACCACAUUCUCGAAUCACUGUUACGAACUGUGCUAGCAUCGAAUCGGUGAACCGCUUGGUGGAAAGAUUUUGGGAGGUGGAGGAAAUGGCCGAUAGAAAACCCCUGUCCAUCGAAGAGGAGGAUUGCGAAACACUUUACUACAAUACGACAACCAGAAACGAGCAGGGACGGUAUAUCGUUCGUUUGCCGACGAAACCGGAGAUUGGCCAAAUGUUAGGCGAGUCAAAAUCAGCUGCCUUGCAUCGAUUCAAUUUGCUCGAGAGGCAAUUUGAAAAGAAUGAGGAUUUAAAAACUGCGUACCAUAGUUUCAUGAGGGAAUAUCUGCAACUACAUCACAUGGAACCAGUCCCGGAUGGAGAGCAUCAGACGAGGAGGAGUUUUUACUUGCCGCAUCACCCAGUGCUGAAGGCAUCCAGUUCAACAACAAAAUUAAGGGUGGUUUUCGACGGAUCAGCUAAAACGUCGUCUGGCAAUUCAUUAAACGACUCGCUUUUAGUUGGGCCGGUGUUGCAGGACGAGCUGCUGCAAAUAGUCAUUCGCUUUCGAAAAUACGCUGUUGCAUUGAAAAUUCUGUGGAGAUUUGACCCUUCGGAACCAAUUCAAACCUACCAGCUUUGCACCGUUACCUAUGGACUAGGACCAUCUUCAUAUUUGGCUACAAAAACGCUAAUAAAACUGGCAGAGGAUGAAGGGCAGCAUUAUCCCAAAGCAGCGCCGCUGGUUUCGAAAGGAUACUAUAUCGAUGACUUCAUUGGAGGCGAUGACACGGUGGAAGGAGCGAUAGAAUUGCGGAAGGAAAUGAACGAGUUAAUGGCAGGCGGCGGUUUUCCACUGCGUAAAUGGACGUCCAAUAGGCUAGAGGUACUUCAAGGAUUACCCUCGGAUCAAAUUGGGACCCAGUCUUCUGUUAAGUUCAAUCCAGAUGAAACGAUUAAAACCUUGGGCAUCAUAUGGGAGCCUGAGUCAGAUUGUCUAAGGUUCAAUCUCAGCAUUAAGGAAAGGGAUGGUAUACUCACCAAGCGUAAAAUUCAGUCAUGCAUCGCUCAGCUAUACGAUCCAUUGGGAUUAAUCUCACCAGUUGUAAUAACAGCAAAAAUAAUUAUGCAGCGUUUGUGGCUUAUUCCCAUCGGCUGGGACGACGAAGUUCCCAAGGAUCUACAGGAAUUAUGGGAAGACUUUCGACCUCAAAUAGAGCAACUAUCGUACUUCAAGGUGGAUCGAUUUGUUUUUCUCCCAGAUGCAAUAUCUACACAGCUUCAUUGCUUCGCGAACGCCUCCAAGGUUGCUUAUGGCUGCUGCCUUUACGCCCGCACAGUGGACAGGAACGGAACGGUUAAGGUACAAUUAAUAUCAUCAAAAUCCCGGGUUGCUCCGCUGAAGCGACUCAGCAUCCCAAGAUUAGAGCUUUGCGCCGCCCAGCUAUCCGCUCGUUUAUACAACAAGGUCAUCCAAGCACUCGGAAUGGAAUUCAACUCGGUUCACCUUUGGUCGGACUCAACGGUUGUGCUAAAUUGGUUACGAGCCCCACCUUACCACUGGAAAACAUUCGUCGCCAAUAGGGUCAGCGAAAUCCAAACAACAACACGCAAUGCCACAUGGAGACACGUUCCUGGCUUACAAAAUCCUGCGGAUCUUGUCUCGAGAGGAAUGCACGUCAACGCAUUUUUGGAAAGCAAGCUAUGGAGUAUCGGUUCGGAAUGGUUGAGCAAGUCGGAGGAAAACUGGCCACGUGAAAGCCCUUUGGAGCCAGUACCAGAAGAGCUGAUGGAGAGGGAAACGGUGGCGGCCGGGGCAACGUGCUCUGGAAAAUACAACGAAAUAUUCACACGAUAUUCGCACUUCAACAAGAUGUUACGCGUAGUUGCAUGGAUUUCUCGCUUCCGACGCAAUUGCCAAUCGCGUCGUCUCGGUCAACCUUCAUGCCUGAACGCUACCUUGACGGUGGAGGAGCUGGAACAAUCAAAAGGUCUACUCCUGCGGUUAGUUCAGUCGGAGUCAUACUUACAGGAAAUCAAGGAUCUUCACACUGGAAAACUCGUUUCGCCAAGAUCCACUGUACGCGCUUUAAACCCAUUCCAAGAUGAGCAAGGACUGCUCCGAGUAGGUGGUCGUCUGCAGCAUUCUAAUGAGCCAUAUGAAAGCAAACAUCCAAUAUUAAUACCCGGAAAUCAUCCCUUCACCAAACUGUUGGCUCGACAUUACCAUCACAAACUUCUUCACGGGGGACCGCGACUAAUGCUAGCAGUUAUUCGGGAACAAUACUGGCCAGUAAACGGAAAACGACUGUUGCAUGGAAUCAUCAGAACAGCGUUUAUGUCGGCACUACGAAGAUUCAUCGCACGUCGGGGAAAACCAUCGCACAUACAUUCCGACAAUGGGAGGAAUUUUAUCGGCGCACGGAAUGAGCUGCAUGAGAUCUACAGGCGUGUGCAAAACCAAUCGGAGCUGAAUCACAUUACUAACACCUGCGCGACGGAAGGCAUCCGUUGGCAUUUGAUUCCUCCGAAAGCACCCAAUUUCGGUGGACUUUGGGAGUCGGCGGUGAAGAUUGCGAAGCGUCAUCUACAACGGCAGCUACGGAAUUCCUUGCUAAAUUUCGAGGAAAUGGUGACGGUAUUAGCACAAAUCGAGGCAUGCAUGAACUCGAGGCCUCUGGCACCUUUGGCAGAAGACACAAGUGACCUUUCUGCACUAACACCAGCCCAUUUUUUAAUCGGUUGCUCCCUUCACUCAAUACCGGACCCCAAUCUGCGGGACAUUCCACUCAACCGGCUGGACAGGUUUCAGCGACUGCAAGAGAAAGCACAACAAUUUUGGCACCGAUGGAGGAGCGAUUAUUUGAAGGAGUUGCAGCGAGAUUCAAAGCCUUUUCGAAGAUUAAGCACACCACUAAAACCCGGCACUAUGGUUAUUCUUCGGGAUGAUUCACUGCACCCAACAAGAUGGCCUCUAGCACGAAUAAUCGAAGCAAACCCUGGAGAGGAUGGCGUCGUGCGCGUCGUUGUUCUUCGAACGUGUAGCGGAGUUGUCAAACGUCCAGCUUCACAACUAUGUCUCCUACCUGCGGAUGAUCAGCAAUUGUGCCAACAACCUAUGACAGCGACUAUCGACAGAGCGUUGGAGAAUGCGGACAAUGAGGUGGAUAAACCAACGGGAUAUGCUGAAUAA